AUGUUCGUCGGCGGCCUCGUCGUCGACGGCGCCGGCGCCGGACGCGGAGUCCGUGGCCUUGCCUGCGGCGGAGAAGCAGCAGCAGCAGCAGCAGGGGAGGACGCCGGCUCGGAGGCCCCGGAGCAGGAGCCCACGACGCCGACGUCGGAGGGGAGCAGGCUACAGCCGCUGGCCGAGUGCCCGCCGGCGCCGAGGAAGCCGGCGUGGGCGCCUCCGCCGCCGUCGUCUACGCUCGUGAAGCGCAAGUUCCCGUCGUCCGCGGCGCCGUCGUCGCGCCGCGCCUUCUUCCCCGUCGCGCGCGACCUCACCUCCGUGUUCCGGGCCCUGCCGCCCAAGAAGCGGAUCCGGGCGGGCUGA